GUCCACUCACAUCCACGCAGUAGAUGCUCGUGCUACUCAGGAGGAAACACUGAACUGGACCUGCACCUGAGACUGGAUCUAUCAUGACUGCACGCAUCCAGGUAGCGACGGGUCGGGACAAAAAAGUGCCAAAGAGCCGAGCAACAGAGAUGAUGGUGAGGGUCAGCAGAGCGCUGUGGUUGGUUCUGGGCAUGCUCAGUCUGUCCCUGCUGCUGGUGGUGCUGGGAGUCUACAUCACGACCCGCACAGAGAGCCUGGCUGUCACUGGCUACAUCUCUGGAGUCAUUCUGACUCUGGGAUCAUUCCUGGGACUUCUGGGUCUCCGUCUGGAAGAAAACCGCAAACAGCUGCUGACCGCUGCGAUAGUCUUCCUCAGUUUCGGGAUCAUCACCUCCUUUGUGUGCCUGCUGAUCGAUGCCGUCUGUGUUGUGUUUAACAUGGACAUGCGUCCCCUGAAAGCAAACAGGUGCCAGUACUUCAGCAGCGGCGGCAGCUACGUCUACGAGCAAUUGUACACGUCUGUGUCGUGUUGGAGUCCAAAGGAGACUUGUAGCAUGAUGGUGCGCAGCGGGACCUGCUACUGCUGCGACCUGUACGACUGCGCCAACGGGGGCUACCUCAGCAACUACUACGACUUUGUUGGAGUGCAAAGCUGUGAGGAGGUUUUCACUUUGUACGUUUCCAUCUGGACCCUCGUCUGCCUGAACCUCGUGGCCUUCUUCACCGGCAUCCUGACGACGGCGGUGCUGGGCAGCGUCAAGGAGCUGAGGAGCAGCAGUCCCGAGAGAGAGUCCUCUGAGAGUCCAGUAUCUUCCCCGACAGCUCCUCUGCUGAUGAACGGCAACACUCACACAGUUCACCAGCUCCACCCAGGAGCCUCGAUGUUCUUCCCUCCAGCAGACGGGACGGCGGCCUCGCAGAGUUUCCCUCCGUCAUCGACUCGUCUCUCAGAGUCCAACCCGCCCCCCUUCGCCCCGCCGACCAGCCUGCGGCCCGUACAGGCUCCACGACGUCUCCGCAUGAGCUCCACCAAAGGGAUGAACAAAUGUUUUAUGAUUCUUGGAAGUCGUUGUGAUGACGGGAAGAAGUAAAACAGGCACGACUCUGAAUAUUAUGCAGGAAUGCAGAUUUCGUUUUUUCUAAAAAUCCAAAGGUGGAUCUUUUUUUUUUUAUUGUGUGCAAAGAUUAUAACAUAUUUUAAAUUGUAAAACAUGUGCACAUGAAAUGUAUCAUUUAAACUAUGAACUGAAAGGUGAUUUACAUACAAAUAUGUUAAUGUUUAUACAGUGUAUUGUGCUUCACAUAUGUUAUCACAGUUAUUUCUACUGUGUGCAACGUUUUCUACACAUUGCAUUGAUUAAAUAAAUGAAUUAACAGUAAAUGAACAGUUUGCUCUGGAUUCUUUAAGUGACAUGUGGAAGAUAAAACAAAAUUAGGAGUAAAAGACAUUGAAUGUGUUACUUAAUGACGUUUGUAGGUCAUCAAAUGUAGAUUUACAGUCAAGCAACGACGGUACAAUAUCUCUGCUGCGCCAAAGUAAGUUCUUGUCUUGCCUCGCACUCUUGUCUGGAGUGCGAGGCAGGUCUGGAAACAAGAAGCACAGUGCACAGUGGGUGGUAUGAAUAAGUAAAAGGGUUAAUAGGUGAAUCAAUAAUCACAGGUGUGUC